UGAGACCAAAACAUGAUAAAGUGUUUAAUAUUUUAUUAUAUUGUGAAUCAAUUUUUAUAAUUUGUGUUAUACUCCAAGUAGUAUAAGAUUUCAAAUAUUUCACUUAUCAACCCUUCUUAUUCAAUCGCAUCAAAGCAAGCUUGUUGAGAUGUCAAAUAGCCGAGAAGCCGAUAGGGCCAAUAAAAGCCCGCCAUUCCAUCUUGAUGAUAAUCAAAUCUUGACUGAUAGUAGUGGUAAUCAAUGGCGACAUGGAAAAUCGAUAGGAUACGGAGGAUUUGGCGAAACGUAUUCUUUCAUGUCUGAUGAUAUAACAAAACGUGUCACUCCGGCAAAUGCAAAAUAUGUCAUCAAACUUGAGCCACAUUCGAAUGGAUCCCUUCUGAUAGAGAAGAUCUGCUACACAAGAGUAUCAAAAGCUGAAAGCAUUAAUUCAUGGGUGGCAAAGAAUAAUUUGAGCGCUCUAGGUAUCCCAGAAUUUGUUGGAUCGGGCUCUCACAUGUUUGACGGGCAGAAGUACAGAUUCCUGAUCAUGCCGAAAUUUGGCAAGGACCUGGAGAAAAUAUUCUGCGAAGAAGGGAUGAAACUUCACAUCAAAACUGUUUUCACUAUAGCUUCUUAUGUUAUCGACGCACUGGAAUAUUUGCAUAAGCAUAACUAUGUUCAUACCGAUAUCAAGCCUGAGAAUCUUGUGCUUGGAUUGGAAUCUCAGGCACCGAUUUACCUCCUCGAUUUCGGCCUGGCUUGUCGUUUCCGAGAUUCGAAUGGCGAUCAUAAACCGUUCUUGCCCAACGAUCGCAGAGCUCAUAAUGGAACUAUCGCAUAUACAUCCAGAGAUGCCCAUGUUGGUGCAAUGUCAAGAAGAGGAGACCUAGAAAUUUUAGGAUACAACUUGAUUUACUUGUUGACUGGGCAUCUACCAUGGGAGGACGAGAGAGAUGUAGAUGAGAUUGCUGAACAGAAGAGAAAUGCAAUAGACAACAUUGCUGAUUUCUUGACGGAUGUCUUCGAGUCCGAUUCACCCCCACAAUGUCUUUACAAUUUUUUGGAGUAUGUGAAGGGUCUUGGUUUUGAGACUGAGCCAGACUAUUCAUUUUGUAAAAAGCUAUUCAAGAGAGGCAUUCAAAUGGCUGGAUUCGUGGAUGAUGGCAAGCUAACUUUUGAAGAUCAUGCCAAACUCAACAUUAAGAAGCAACCACCUCUUCUUCAUCCAUAUAAAUCCAGUGAGGCCAAGCUCUUUCACCACCUGCAGCACCAACAAGCUCUUAACCAACACUGCAAUCACAUAGCUCUGGCAAAACUGAAUGAGCAAAAAAAGAAUGUGAGAAAAAAUAUUCCACCGGUACCGGUACCGUCAGCAAAGAAAGCUAAACUCUCCCCAUCAUUUGCUGCUGCGCCGGAUCAUCAAAACUUACCGUUGCGUCGUUCUACUCGUUUGAAUCCGGCGUCAAUGCAGGUGAAGGUCGAUUGGCAAUCGAUUAUUGCCAGCGAUCCAGAAAGAAGAGCUAGGAAACUGACACAAUUGAGUAAAGCGUUGAUGAUAAAUCGACCUGAUCCUGCGUUACUGAAUCCUACCCCCGCAAUGCAACAAGUCAUUGCUAAACGCAUCGAGAAGCUAAAGGAAAAGAGAGGAAAGCGCAAACAAGGAAAGAAGAAAUAAAGGAAGCGUGAUAGGGAUGGGGGGGACAUUCGUCAAUUAUUUGUAGCUUUAUAUAUUAAUAUGUUACAAUGGACAUAUUAUAGAAAUAAAAUGGAAUGAAAUUAAAAAUUUAAUUCAAGUCAGGGCUACUGACAGGGUUAUCCCAUCGUUGUGUUACCAUCAAAGGUUACCCUAGUGAGGCCAGUGAAAAGUGAGACCAGGUGGUGUAUGAUUGUUCAUUUUAUAAAUAAUUUCUCAUGCAAUUGUAAUUAUCUUUUCUUCCAGUUCUUUUACAAUAUGUUCUAUUGAUUUGGAAAUUACACAAAUUUAGUAUUUAGUAGUAGCAUUGAUCAAUCAUUUGUGAUUUUGUUAUAACAUUAUUAAUAUACAUAAUAUAAUAUUGUUAUGGUAUCGAUGUAGGCUAAAUUUUAUAAAUGAGGAAUAAUUUAUCAUAUAAUAUUUGUAUUUCGCUUCUAGAGCGUUUUCUGCCAGUUUUUCAAUAUCAAGAAUACCAAUAAUGAUUAGCAUUAUAUUAUAGUCAAUUAUUUGUGAUUUUGAUUUAUAAGUUAUUAUAAUAAUAUACUGAUGAGCUGGAACUUACAGACUUAUGAGAAGACUGAUGAAAAUUAUAGUAGGCCAUAAAUUAUUUAUUAAAUUAAAUUAUUCUACUCUAAUAAAAAUAAAUUUUAUUGAAUAUAGUAGUCAGGAUAUCUCAGUACCGUUUUAAAUGAUUGUGUGACAACAUGUUUCGGACAUUGUCCGAACUAGCCUAAUGAGGCCAGGGCCAGUGAGAAGUGAGACCAGGCCAGGCCAGGUCGAUGUUCGUUUGUUCAUUCUAUAAAUAAUUAUCAUGCGAUUGUAAUUCUCUUCCUCUUCUAAAAAGUUGCGCUAAAGAGAAACCGCUUUCUGCCUCACUGCUAGCCCAGUUCGGACAAUGUCCUCAACAUGUUGUGACAAAAUAAUUUAAAAGGGUAGUGAGAUUUAUAUUUCUAUUUAUAUUAAAAGUAGGUAGCCCUAAAGAAUAAAGACAAUACAAAUUAUGAUUUGUAUUAGUUAAUUGUUUUUGAUUUUGGUAUAAUGUUAAAUGAGUUCCUAAAUUUAGCCUACAUGAUUUUUUCCUUAAUCGAAUACAUAGUAGUAGUCGAUGAAGUAGUCGAUACUAGUAAUAGUAGUCGAUAAAAGUUGAGUUCCUUUAUUUUGUCUACAUGAUUUUCAUAAUAAUUUUCAAUAAUCAAAUACAUUAUGGGCCGGUUUCCGAGCUCGGGAUUUAGUUAAGUCCUUGACUUUAAACAGCUAGAGUCAGAAAAUUAGCUUUCCAAAAUUAGUCGC